ACAUAUGUCAUUUACUGCCUACUGUCAAGCAAAUUCGUCGUUCAAGUUUCGUAUAGGUUAUGUUUUCAGAUUAAAUAAUAAUCAUGUCUUUAUUAAAACUCGUAAGAUCUAAUACAAAACAUGUAUUUGUUAAAUAUAAUGACACUCAAGCUUGUAUAGUUUCAUGUAGAAAAUUAAGUAUUGUGCCAUCCGUUUAUGAUAAAGAUAACCCAGCACCGAAGUUUUUUUCAUCAGGCGUUCAAAUUCUUUUAAAAAGAUUAACAAGGCCUGAUUUCGCUAAAGUAUUCCGAAAAAGAACUAAUGGCAAUGUUCCUGUGCUGCGUACCCCUAUAUAUAAAUUUCUAACGGAUGAGGAAUUAAAUGUUGAGAGACAGAAUGCCAAUAAAAGUGCAGAUCGAUUAUUGCAGAUGCCUCCUGUUGUUAAGGUUCUCGAGCCAUUUGAAGAUGUUCUUGCAAAAGAUCCUGCCUUAGUUGGAUAUGAUAAUAGCACAUACAUGUUCACAGAUAUCACUUUCGGUAUUGAUAAUCAACACAGAAUUAUUAUACAAAGGAAACCAGAUGGCACACUGGAAACUUGUGACCGAGACAUCAAGAAGAGACUGAAUCAGAUAUACUUUCCAAUACCUGGCCGUAAAAUACGAGAGCCAAAGGUGUUUUCGGAAAAAGAUAAAUUCGACAGUCUAUUGGAAAGAGAGAAGUAUGAAUACAUUUUGGACAGAGCGUGUGUGCAAUAUGAGCCAGAUGAGAAGAAAUAUCAAGAGAUUACCAGCAUUACGUAUCAGCACGUUGAUAUGAAUAGCAAGUUUGAUUUAUUGAGAUCAACCCGCCAUUUCGGUCCACUAACCUUCUAUCUCACCUGGCAUCACAGUAUGGACAAUUUAAUGCUGGAACUGGUACAAAACGCGGCGAUUCGUGAGGCAGUGUUACUGAUUUCGUUGCGACAUGCCAUACACGCUGACGUUUCUAACGGGGAGGAGAGUAAUGCUCUGGUUUCUGAGAUCAUACCAAAACCUGUUCAACUCACUAAGCCAGAAAGACUUACUGAAGAGGAUAUUAAACUAGAUACCAAAUGCACAGAUAUUGUCGAUAAAUAUAUUAAAGAUUCGUCUGCUAUGAAGAGUCAGCAGGCAUUGGCUUUGCAAGGCUUUAGAGAGUACUACCAGCAAAUGGUCGACCUAAGUAGGGGUCUAAAGAAAGCCCACGGAACAGCUUAAAUUAUCGUAUUUGUAUAUAGAAUUAAUUAAUAAAUGUUUAGAUUAAGAA